AUGCAACCAAAUGUUACAUUGACAUCUUUGAAUAUCCAACACGAGACACUCAUUGACAUGAAUGUCAUCCGCGAAUUGGCAUUCAACAUCCAUCUUCCAAACGGCACUCAACAUCUUGUCAAUAUUCCAAACAACCAGAACCUUCAAAUAUUACAUUUGAUUGGUGCCAUCCGAUCCAAACUCCAAACUGCCCUUCCAACUUUGGCUGAUAACAAUCAGAAGAUUACAUUGAAGAAGGGUGCCGGUGUAUUGACUCCAGAACAUUCACUCCAAGAGACAUUGUCAAAUGGUGAUGUGAUUGAACUCACUACUUCUCAAUCGACUGGUGCCCAAAAGGAGUUGAGCGCUGAUGACCAGGCUCUGUUGGCAAGCUUUGUCGACAAUGCCAUCUCCUCCGACGUUGAGAUCGUCUUUGUGUUUGAUACAACCGGCUCCAUGUCAUCCAUCAUUGAGAAUGUAAAGACUCAAGUCGAGGGCACCGUGUCACGUCUCAUCAAGGACAUCCCAAACAUCAAGAUUGGUAUUAUGGGUCUUGGUGACUACUGUGAUGGCGACAACCUGUUGAAGGUGUUGGAUCUCACUAACAAUGUCACUGCCUUGGUGUCAUUCAUCAAGAACGUUCCAAUGACUGGUGGUGGAGACACCCCGGAGGCCUACGAGUAUGCCCUGCGCCGUGCCAACGGUCUGUCUUGGAGCUAUCACACAUCCAAAGCUCUGGUGAUGAUUGGAGACGCCGGUCCUCAUCCACCCAGCUAUACUGAUCAACAGAUCAACUGGCUGGUGGAGUGUGAUGUUCUUGCAAGCAAGGGCGUCAAGAUAUACGGUGUCAAGGCCCGCUGUGAUGAGCCGGCCUUCUACGACGAGAUUGCCGAGCGCACUGGAGGACUGUCAAUCAACUUUGACAAGUUCUCAUUGAUCACUGAGAUGUUCCAGGCCAUCUGUUUCCGUGAGACCAGUGCCACCAAGUUCCGCGAGUAUCAGAACGAGGUGUUCAACGCCACUGCUGGAGUACCAGUCGAGAUGACCAGGAUCUUUGAUGAACUCAGCAGGGAGAACUUUGUCAGAGAGGAUGUUGCCAUGUUGAACACAACAGCCACCAACACUGCUGUUGCUGCCCCCACCAAGCCAACCAAGAUUUAUGGAGAACCCAUUCUCCCACUCAAGAACACUGCCUUUUGGUUCAACAUUGCUAAAGACCCUGCCACCAAGACAACAUUCACUCUCGACCCAUCCGUUGGAUACUACGUCAAGACAGAGAACUACAGACCAAAGGCUACCACUGCCAAGCCCGUCGCCGCCGCUCCAAGCCACAAGAAGCCAGCUGCAGUGGCUGCCUCACCAACCGCCGCCUCCACCGCCGUCGCCGCCAUCAAGAAGCCCAAGGCCAUCCAGAAGGUCCGUGUUCAAAUCGAGACCAGACUCAGGAAGAAGGCAAGAGAGUCUUUGGACUUUAUAGCUGGCUCGAAGCAGAGACAGGAGAGUUUGUUCAAUCUCUUGGGCAAGGACUACACUGGUCCAGAUGACGAGGAGCUGCGUAUGAUCUUCAGAGUGUUUGAUACCAACCACGACGGCAAGAUCGGCUACGCCGAGUUGUCCAACGUACUCCAAUCAAUGGGCAAGCGUGCAGUGGCCAAGAGAAUCAACAAGAUCUUGGCAGAGAUUGAUCCAGACAACACUGGAGAGGUUGAGAUCGAUGACUUUGUCGACUACAUGCAAGUCAAGGCCGCCAACAAGGCUCGCCAGCUUGGUCUGCUGUCCUCAGAUGAUGACGAUGAGUAUGAAGAGCCAGCUGCUGCCGAGGACGGCGACACUGACGAGGAGACCGAGGCCAAGCCAGCAAGAAAGGCCAAGGGAUCGACCAAGAGAAAGAGAGCAUCUGCACCAUCAGCGGCUGCUGCCCCCGAGGCCACCACCAAGAAGCCAGACUUGGUCACCAAGCAAGCAUCGUUCUUCUCAAAGCUUCCUCACGGAUCCAGUCUCUCGCACUUCUACACAAAGAACGCUGCCGUGUGCACAUUCGACGCCAACCCAGUUGGCAACGAGUAUGACCUCGGUCUGGACGGUGCCUUUGCCAGCUUCACUGUGCUCGUGUUGGAUACCACCGGCAGCAAGCAAUAUGAGAAGGCAAUCACCGAGUACCUCAAGCCAAAGGCAGUCAAGACCGUCUUUGUUCAUGAUGCCGCCAAGUUUGUCCAACAGCUCAAGGACAACAAGGUGGACAUGGCCAUCGUGUUGCCAACCCAGGCCAGCAAGGUGACCGUCAGCAAGGACUUCCUCGAGGCUGUGGUCUCAUUCAACAAUCAUGGCAAGGGUCUCUACUUGUUUGGCUCAUCGGACAAGCUCUGCAACUACACCAACGCCAUCCUCAAGGCACUCUAUGGCGACAAGUGCCACCUGCUCACUGAUAGCGCUGUGGAGGACGACGCAACCGACGACUCUGUGUUGGCAUUCGCUCGUGGAAAGAAUGCCCUCGCUGGCAAGUUCAACGCACACCUGAUCACCAGUGGUCUGGUGCGUCUGUCUGAGGGCAGUCGCCAGACACACAUCACCGCCACCCUCCCAUCCGAGUUGGACAUCUUGGCAUCCAACAAGCUGGGCAAGGGCACCAUCGUGUGCAGCAACAACAGUGUGGCACCAAACAAGGGUCGCAUCAUUGUCGACUCUGCUGCCGACCGUCUCUUGUUGACGGGCGCCUCCAACACAGGAGUGGCAAGAUAUCUGGCCAACAGUGUCGUGUGGCUGCUUGGUCUGGACCACAGAUUCCAACACUCUCUGCCCAUCCAGGGCAGCCUGGUCGCCAAGAAGGACGUUCACUGGCAGUUCCACAACAAGAAGGGUUGGUUCGACUUUGCCAAUGACGUUGCUACCCAUGUCGAGACAGCCUUUGGCAAGGGUAACAAGGAUCUCACCUUUAGCCAAGGUACCAAGACCAUGCCAGUCAACUACACCUUCUGUCUCAAGACAAUGAAGCAAAUCACACCAGAGAGUCAUCCAAUUCGUCGUGUUGAGAUCCUGAAUGUUGUAUCAAUGAAAUAA